CUUACCCGGGACCUCAAAACUCGUGUGGUUACUAAGGUGGGAGAACUGGAACCCCUGGCACUACGAAAGUUGUGUUAGUAGACCCUUAAUGACUGCUUAUAAGGAACUGACCUCUUAAUAUACAUAGGGAUGAACGAUCUUGCUCAAGGUGUUGCUUUCCUCGCAUCGCUUAACCUCGCUCAUGGUGACCUGCGACCGGAAAAUAUCCUGCUUGAUCGUAACCGACUCAAACUAUCGGAUUUCGAUUGCACGGCCGAAUUUGGAACAGAUUUCGAAACUUGCCCUUGCCCGUAUGGAAGACUACUCAAUAGCAACGAGGCAGACCAAGGAAUACCAGGAACUGCCGGCUUCCUAGGUCCUCGGACAGAGCAGUUCGCCCUUGGUUCAUUGUACUACUUGAUAAACUACGGCUUUGAGGUCUAUGAUGAUCAAUGUCUUGCCGACGAUCCUAACGAGCAUGGACCUAAGGUCAUGGACUUACUACAGGACAUGAAGUUUCCGAAGCUCGAUGGCGAUCCGCUUAUUAACGAUAUCAUCGGUAAAUGCUGGCACAACCAAUAUCGCACGCUUGCGGACCUGGCCACGCACAUAGAGACGUUGCUUAAGGAAUCACCAAGCGAUGUACUGAUCCAGGAAACAGCUUCCACUCCGGGAUGGCGCAAAGCUAUAGACAGAAUACUGCGUUGGUUGUGGUACAGCCCCGGUGCCCAAUGGAGGAGCAACGGGGAGACAAUCAAUGAUGACGACUAUUACAACGUGGAUCAGAACCACUCUGGUGAGCAUUUCUUUUCAAAACAGAAAUUCUGCCAGGACUUGGAGAAGCGUGGACUUCUGCGCCUACUUACUUUGAGUAAGCCCACGGAGCUUGGAUUCAGCAUGGAGCACAGGCAUUUGUCACCAACUACUCCGGCGAACUGAGAAGGAUGAGACUACUAUG